GUCGCUUUCUGUCUCAAGUGUCAAGUGUCAGGUAGCCAUAUUCCCGUUUUCUAAACUCGAAACAAGUCGAAACAUUUGGUGAAUUGAACGAAUAAUAUUUGAUUUUACUUUAAAUAAACCGUGAGAACCUUUGAAAGCAAUAAUGACUGACAAAAAAGCAUACCCGGUCGCACCUCAUCCACCAACCGGCUUUGUGCCAGCGCCAGCCCAGCCCGCUACAUAUGGCGUCGCAGGCGCAUCGCCCUACGGCGUCUUCCCCAACCAGCCACAACUCUACGCGACGCAAGGGCCGCCGCCGCCCACGUACGAUCAGACCCUUACUCAUCCCAUGAUGUACCAACCGAUGUAUGGUCAAGGUUACCCCGGUGGCUACCUCACCGGAUAUCCAGCGGCCUACGGUCCACUUCAGUACUAUCCUCCCCUGGCCACGGCUGCGGCUUACUAUCCGGCAGCUGCUAUGCAACCAGCGCCCGUCAGGCCGACGAUUAUGGUGCCUAACGGAUUCGACGGCGGGAGAUUCGACGGUAUAUCUCAACAAGUGUUGCCACCACCACCACCCGGAGUAGCCGCUAACGCCGCACAGCUAGCGGCGAUGGCCGGUCACAGCGUGGCUCUGUCGCAAAAGAAAGGGUCGUUCCUCGGAGGUGGAACAGAGGGUGGUUAUACGUUCUGGUAAACGUGGGCAACGCGGGGGGGAGGGAGGGGAGGGGGGUCGGUGGGGGUGGGAAAAAAGGGAAAGGGUUGAGACGACGACGACGACGACGACGUGUUUAUCGAGGCUGAUGAAAAUAGAGGCGAGAAUAAAAUGAAGAUGACGUUGAAUGUGAUUGCGAAGAAACGGAGAACAACGGCGGCGACUACUACGACUACGACUACUACUACGACGACGACGACGACGACGACGAAUCUAUUCGCUGCGAUCCAUGUAGGCAAAUAAUAAUAUUAAUAAAAUAAAAAAAUAAAAAUGACGUUAAUUAAGUUGCGUAGCUGACAAUGAUUAACGAGAACGGGGUGAGAGAAGACGAUAUCGCGGUAGCGUCGUUAAACGACGUUGCCUCGAUUUUUCGUUAGUUAAACGAAGAACGUGUAGCGAAGUAGUCACGUGAGAGCAGCAGUGAAGAAGAUGAGGGAAGAAAAUAAAAGAAGAGUGAAAGGAAAAAGCGAAAAUAAACAAAAAAAAAAAAAAAACAAAAACAAACAAACAAACAAAUUCGAAAGCACGAACGGAAAGAAAGCGACAGUUAUCGUAGAUAUUACAACCGUUUUUGGGUAGUAGGUAGAUUAAAAGGUGAAGAAGCAGUGGGGUCGCAACGGCAGCGAGUCAGUCCCAAUUUUUUAUAGCUUAUAAAUUCGUCUUCGCUCGCUUUCUGCAGACCGCAUUGGAAAAAAAAAAAAAAACAAAAACAAAAUAAAAAUAAAAAUAAAA